AUGAGACUCGGGAGUGGCUGUGCUGUGGUUGACCCCGGGCGGCAUCUUAUAGCUGCGCAAGCUGCGCGGUCGACGCGCUGCGCAUUCGGUGACGAGAAUGAAUUCAAGAACGCAUAGGUAGGACAAUGGGUGUGUAAACGAAACUGGGGAAUCACUUCUUGGAACACGUACUAGAUUUGUUAAAUCGGGUCAAAUAAGAUGUCGAGCCGGACCAGACCUGGCUACUGUCGCCAGGACGUGAACAAAACCACCUGGGAGGUACCGGAGCGGUACAGGGAUCUAAAACAGGUGGGGACAGGAGCGUACGGUACAGUCUGCUCUGCGGUGGACUUCAGGACAGGGACCAAGGUGGCCAUCAAGAAGCUCCACAGGCCCUUCCAGUCUGAGCUCUUUGCUAAGAGGGCCUAUCGGGAGCUGAGGCUGCUCAAACACAUGAAACAUGAAAAUGUGAUUGGCCUUGUGGAUGUAUUCACUGCUGACCUCUCCCUAGACAGAUUCCAUGAUUUCUAUCUGGUGAUGCCUUUCAUGGGAACGGAUCUGGGGAAGUUGAUGAAGUUACAGCAGCUCUCAGAGGACAAAGUACAGUUCCUGGUCUAUCAGAUGCUGAAAGGACUCAAGUAUAUCCAUUCUGCUGGCAUAAUUCAUAGGGACCUCAAACCAGGGAAUCUGGCCGUUAAUCAGGAAUGUGAGCUCAAGAUCCUGGACUUUGGGUUGGCGCGGCAGGCGGACAGUGAGAUGACAGGCUACGUGGUGACCCGCUGGUACAGAGCCCCAGAGGUCAUCCUCAGCUGGAUGCACUACACCCAGACUGUGGACAUCUGGUCUGUGGGCUGCAUCAUGGCAGAGAUGCUGUCAGGGAAACCACUGUUCAAAGGCAAUGACCACCUGGAUCAGCUGACUGAGAUCAUGAAGAUCACAGGGACACCCACUCAGGAGUUCAUCACCAAACUGCAGUCUCAGGAUGCUAAAAACUAUGUCAAAAGCCUUACCAAAGUGCAAAAGAAAGACCUUCAGGCACUCUUUUCCACAGUCAACCCACAGGCGGUGACAGUUAUAGAGCGCAUGCUGCUGCUGGACCCAGAGAGCAGGGUGACGGCAGCGGCGGCCCUCGCCCUGCCAUACUUCUCAGAGUUCAGGGAGCCAGAAGAGGAGACCGAGGCCCAGCCAUACGACCACUCUGUAGACAACUCUGACCUGCCUCUGGAGCAGUGGAAACGUCACACGUUCACAGAGAUCCUGUCUUUCCAGCCCAUAGUGGUAGAGUCCAGGGAAACCGCACUUGACUAAUAGGUCUACCAUUUAUGCAUUGGAAUGGCUGACGCACUUCCUGUGGUUACGGGAGGCCUAAAGGCUAGAGCUACCUCUUACAAGGAACGGGACAUGGACACAUACAAGAACGCCCGCUAUGACUUUCGCUGAGACAUCAAACAUGCAACAGGAAUACAGGAGGAAGGUGGAAUCGUAUUACACCGGCUCUAACGCUCGUCGUAUGUGGCAGGGGUUGCAGAUGGAUUACAAAGGGAAACCCGUGAGAUGCCCAGUGAUGCAGAACUCCAAAAUGAACUAAAUGCCUUUUAUGCUUGCUUUGAGUAAUACGACACUGAGUCUUGCAUGAAAGCCUCGUUUGUUUCCGGAUGACCGUGUGAUCUCGCUCUCCGUGGCCGAUGUGAGUAAAACUUUUAAAAAGGUUAAUACUCGCAAAGCUGCCAGGCCAGACGGAAUACCAGGGCACGUUCUCAGAGCAUGCGCAGACCAGCUGGCAAGUGUCUUUACGGACAUUUUCAUCUCUCCUUGUCCCAGUCUGUAAUCCCAACAUGUUUCAAGGUGACUAUUAUUGUCCCUGUUCCCAAGAACUCCAAGGUAAAUGACUAUCGCCCUGUAGCACUCACAUCUGUAAUUAUCAAGUUCUUUGAAAGGCUGGUCAUGACACACAUCAACAUGAUCAUCCCAGACACCCUGCACCCACUCCAACCACCCCACCACCGACCACCCCUCCUCUCUGAUUAAAUAGGAUCCCAAGUAUCCAGAAAUGUCAUCAGUGCUAUUAAAGUUGACGACACUGCUCUUAAAA